AUGAGGCCGGCUGUUUUCCUUGUCGCCCUCGCACCGGCCGUCCUCGCCGGCCCGUCACCACGCGCCCCCGACAGCACCGACCUAGCCAUGCGCUCCACCCCAUCAAUACCGGACCUUGCCCCGCGCAUCGCAGACUCUGAACCGAUGAUGGGCAAACUGGGUGCGCGGCAUAUCCUUCAAGCGCGCAGCGAAGGCUCUCUCGGCCAGACCCCGUGGAUCGGAAUGGCGAUCGGGUUGACCUGUACAGCUCUAGCGGCGGUCAUGCUAGGGUAA